AUGACCCUCGUGAGAAGGUUCAGGAAGCCCGUGACAGUGGCCCUGUCCAGCGGUGCUGUCUGGGACGGUGGAGGGGACAUGUUCAAAAGGGAAGAGCAGCUGUCCACACGGCAAAAGAACGUCUUCGUGCAAUCGGUGGUGUCACGGGCGCCACGUGUAGGUGCAGACAUGGACCGGAUGACGAGCCAUGGUGUGGAUGACGAGGUGCAUACCCUCAGCGCCCAGUUCAGAGACCGGGGCAAUAGAAGGACAACCAAAGAAGGACCCAGCGACUUGAAAUUCCAGAACUUCUCUCUGCCGAAAAACAGGUCAUGGCCUCACAUCAACAGUGGCACAGGCCAGCACCAGACUAUUAAUGAGCCUCUCCUGGAAUGCGAAAGAAACUUUGCUGCCGUCCUGGAUAGAGCAACAGACUGCAGGGAUGACGGCUACGAAGACCUCAAGCUUCACAUGGCAGAGGCGUGGCCAUCCAUGAAAAUCCUACCAGCCAGGCCGAUAAGGGAAUCCGAAUAUGCGGACACGCGCUAUUUCCAGGCUAUGGGAGACACUCCCCUUUGCUUAGAUGCCAAGACUUCUGUCCCCACGGAGGGGCCACCCUGGAACAAAUGGACGAGGCUGGGAGAAGUGGACAAACCCAUUUCCAAGGACGUCGGGAGCCAGCGUGUGAAAGGAGACAAACCCCCCAAAGGAAGCAAGACCCCUUUACCACCUCCUCGGCCACCUGUCACUCUUCCCAAGAAGUACCAGCCCUUGCCUCCCGAGCCGGAGAGCAGCAGGUGGACCCCCCCGCAGAGACACACCUUCCCCGAAGUCCACAGAGGGCUCAGGCAGAUAAGCUUAAAGAACUUAAGCGAGGUCCUGGGAACAGAGAAAGCUCCUCAUCACCGGACGAAGCCAGAAUCAUCUCACCUGUCACAAAACCAAAGUGCUCCAGGCAUCCCGUUGGCCAUUGCCAGCUCUUCAUUCAUGACGAACAACCACGGCAUGCAAAACCGAGAUCAUAAAGAAAGCACCCAGUCACUUCCUCCUCCCGCAUGUCAGUCUCCGGCCAGCUACAGCCCUAAGGAAAAUUCGCUUUGCUAUAAAAACAUGAGCUGGAGGAAACCUUUCCCCACGAGGUCCGAUGAAAAGGACAUCCGCCACAGCGAAUGGUACAUCGGAGAGUGCAGCCGCCAGGCGGUAGAGGAGGCGUUGAUGAAGGAGAGCAAGGAUGGCACUUUCCUGGUCCGGGACUGCUCCACGAGAUCCCGGGCAGAACCCUACGUGCUGGUGGUGUUCUACGGGAGCAAAGUCUACAACGUGAAAAUCCGCUUCCUGGAGAGGAAUCAGCAGUUUGCCCUGGGGACAGGACUCAGAGGAGACGAAAAGUUUGAUUCGGUGGAAGACAUCAUCGAACACUACAAGUAUUUUCCUAUUGUACUAAUUGACGGGAAAGAUAAAUCUGGGAUCCACAGGGAACAAUGCUAUCUGACUCGGCCACUGCCUCUCCGCAAACACUUCUCACCUGGGUAG